GACAUCAAACUUAGCAAAGUUUGGAGAUGCCUCGACCGGGCAGGAACACGUACAGCGAGCAGAAGCCGCCCUACUCCUACAUCUCCCUGACCGCCAUGGCCAUCCAGAGUUGCCCGGAGAAGAUGCUGCCGCUCAGCGAGAUCUACAAGUUCAUCAUGGACCGCUUCCCGUACUACCGGGAAAACACGCAGCGCUGGCAGAACUCGCUGCGUCACAACCUCUCCUUCAACGACUGCUUCAUCAAGAUCCCGCGGCGGCCUGACCAGCCGGGCAAAGGCAGCUUCUGGGCGCUGCACCCUAGCUGCGGGGACAUGUUCGAGAACGGCAGCUUCCUGCGGCGCCGCAAGCGCUUCAAGGUGGUGGCCCCCGCGGACCCGCUGGCGCGCAGUAAGGCGGCCGAGGCGGCGCAUUACCUGCAGCAGCAGGCCAAGCUGAGGCUGAGCGCGUUGGCCGCAACUGCCGCCGCCGCGCACCUGCCGCCAAUCGGCGGAUACCACUUCACCACGUCGCCGCCUCCACCGCCGCCCCCGCCUCCGCCGGCUGCGUUUAAGCACCCUUUCGCCAUCGAAAACAUCAUCGCCAGGGAGUACAAAGCGCCCGGCACCGGCGGAGUACCCUUUUCGCCCGCACAGCACGCGCCACAGGCCUACCCAUUGCAUGCGUGGCCGCACGUGUACGGCAACGGCGGCGGCGUGGAGCAUGCUGCUGCAGCUGAGUGCUCCGCUUACGGCGGGGUUCCGCUCAGGGCUGUUCCCGCGGUGCCCGUGCCCAUCAAACCACCGCAUCUCCCGGCAUUUUUGUCCGCAUCGAGUCGCGCGCUUAGCCCCACUGGGCCGCAGGGGGCGGGAGGCGCGAGCCCAGCGUCCCAACAGAGUCCGGCAGCACUGCGCUCGGUCGCUGUUCACUGAGGCGAAAUAGCCUGAGAGUUGGAGGGAGACAAAACUUCCUGGGCA